AUGGCAUUACGAAGACGUCAACGAGGGAGCUCCAAGCUCGAGGAGCUGCUACCAACUCUCCUGACAGUCAAGGGCCACCACGAGUUCAAACUCGUUACUGCUAGCGGCAAGACCGCCGUCAAACCAGAAUCGAACGAGAAAACAUUAUGCGCUCCACGACCAAAGUUUACUACACCAUCCCACAGACAGCAGCCUCCUCCGCCAAACCCACAUGGGUGCCCUCGCAGAAACCACACCGGACCGUUCCGCUUCCUGGAGCUCCCUCAAGAGAUCAGAGACGAAAUCUACUCGUACCUAGUCGUCCGCCAAACUCCCCACUCACUCCCCAUCCUCGACGCAACCACCAUUCUCAAGAACCGCAAGAAACGCCUUCAGGCACGGAAGACCAGGGAACGCCUCAACCAGCAACGCCUCUUGGAAGGAAAACGCCCAUCAUGUCCACACUCAUCCACAUCAACAUCCAAUCAACCGGAUCCAAUCCUCCACGUCGACCUCCUCCGGACCUCGCAAAAGCUAGCAGAUGAAGCCACAGACUGCAUGUACUCGAAAAACGUCUUCGCAAUUACCCUCGACAAACUACCCCUAACUUCCUUCGACGCACCCCUCGGCUGGGACCUCUCCCGCAUCAAACGCCUCCAAAUCGAACUGCAGCUCAAAGACGCCAUCCGCAUGAACCGCUACGUCGACUGGUCUUCUUUCUUCUCUUCCUUCCCUUCCCUCCAGUUCUUACGCAUAGUGCCUACCCUGCACCCCCGCUACUACGAGUGGUCGCGCUGCGAAUUCACAGACUGGUCAAGCAAGGACACGCCGUUUGUGCACAAGGCGUUUUUUAGAGAGUUGCUUGUGGCGAUUCCUCAAUAUGUGGAUUUGAAACUAGGAUUGCCGAGCGAGGUGCUGGCCACGGGGGUUGCGGCCGCUGAGGUACAGGUGCAGGGAAGGAUGGGUAUUGAUGAUAAGUUUCUCUGGGAUAUGUAUCUUGAGCUAGGGAAUAGGCUCGGUGUCACGGGAAAGCCGCUUGCGGUGAGUAGAGUCGUGUGUUGA